AGAAGUAGAUCCUACAGCAGCCAGCAUCCCUCUAUCCCUGCCUGGGGAGCUGCAGUCCUACCCGGCGUUAACACCGUGUGAGUGAUGCCACAGCAUCAUCCGCAUUUCGACGCGAAAUAAUCGAGAGUUGAUCCUGCAAAGGAGAGAGAGAGAGAGAGAGAGAGAGAGCUUGGGGUGAAGGAAAAUUUGCUUCAGCCUCGAAGACGGCAACUGCCCAUGAAGAUGUCUAACGCUGACACCGUCUUAAACCCCACCGAUCGGGUGGUAAAAUCUGUCCCCUUCCCCUUGAGCCACCGCCUUACAAUGAAGGAAGUGUUCGACUGUGAAGGCAAACCUCGCGUGGAUCUGCUGAAGGCUCACCUGACCAAGGAGGGCCGUGUGGAGGAAGCUGUCGCGCUCCGAAUCGUCAAUGAGGGAGCAGCCAUCCUCCGUCAGGAGAAAACUAUUCUUGACAUUGAGGCACCAGUCACAGUCUGUGGGGACAUCCACGGUCAAUUCUUUGAUCUUAUGAAGUUGUUUGAAGUGGGAGGAUCGCCAGCCACAACACGGUACCUGUUCCUCGGGGACUAUGUUGACCGUGGCUACUUCAGUAUUGAGUGUGUUUUAUACCUUUGGUCGCUGAAAAUCCUCUAUCCAAAGACGCUAUUUUUACUUCGUGGAAAUCAUGAAUGUAGACAUUUGACAGAAUAUUUCACCUUCAAACAAGAAUGUAAAAUCAAGUACUCAGAGCAGGUCUAUGACUCGUGUAUGGAUGCAUUUGACUGCCUUCCUUUGGCUGCACUCAUGAACCAGCAGUUUUUGUGUGUCCACGGAGGACUCUCACCUGAAAUACACACCUUAGACGACAUUAAAAAGUUGGAUCGGUUCAAAGAGCCGCCAGCGUUUGGGCCCAUGUGUGACCUGCUGUGGUCUGAUCCUCUGGAAGACUUUGGAAAUGAGAAAACCCAGGAAUACUUCAGCCACAACACAGUGCGAGGUUGCUCCUACUUCUACAGUUAUCCAGCUGUAUGUGAGUUCCUACAGAGCAAUAACCUAUUAUCAAUUAUCCGAGCACAUGAAGCACAAGAUGCUGGUUACCGGAUGUACCGUAAAAGUCAGACAACUGGAUUCCCGUCCCUCAUAACCAUCUUCUCUGCACCAAAUUACCUGGAUGUUUACAACAAUAAAGCUGCUGUACUGAAAUAUGAAAAUAACGUCAUGAACAUUCGACAGUUCAACUGCUCGCCACACCCCUACUGGCUGCCCAACUUCAUGGACGUCUUUACUUGGUCCCUGCCAUUUGUUGGGGAAAAAGUCACCGAAAUGUUGGUGAAUGUGUUAAGCAUCUGCUCUGAUGAUGAACUCAUGAAUGAUGAAGAUGAGAUAUUUGAUGCCAAUGCAGCCGCGGCUCGCAAAGAGGUGAUCAGAAACAAGAUCCGUGCUAUUGGAAAAAUGGCCAAAAUGUUCUCAGUUCUCAGAGAGGAGAGUGAAAAUGUGUUGACGCUUAAGGGCCUGACGCCCACUGGCAUGUUGCCAAGUGGGGUUCUCUCUGGAGGCAGACAGACACUGCAGAGUGCCACCAUUGAAGCCAUUGAAGCCAUCGAGACGCAUGAUGAGGACAGAGAAGCUAUUCGUGGGUUCUCCCCCCAGCACAAGAUCACCAGCUUCGAGGAGGCUAAGGGCUUAGACCGCAUCAACGAGCGCAUGCCACCUCGCAAGGACGGGGUGAACCACGUGGGCCACUCCAUGGGCAAGAUGAAUAUGUCGGAGGCAAACGGCACAGAAGACAACAGCAACAUCCAGUAAUGUGUUGUCUGAGCCACAGAAACUGUGCCGCAGUUACAGGCAUGCAGGAAGACUUUGCUUAAUGGGAAAUUCAGGCCUCAGAACACAAGAAAUCAAACAGGCCUACCGCUAGAACAUGAAACCUGCAGCAAAUCUAAACACUGGGCGAAAAGGUCAUUUAUUUCAUGACGGCAUGUCAUUGCACUGUUAGGGGGAGGGGGGAGCUGGGGUUCACAGCAAAGGGGCAGGGAUGCAGAGAGACCCACAAGCUGCAGCAAAGAAGUGCUUUUGGAAGUUGUGUCCGACCGUAGUUCCCCUUCUCGAUUCGAUUACAGACUGAAUUGUUGGGAGUUUUUUUGUGCUGCAAGUGCUGACACACGUGUGCUCCUUCAUUGCAGGGCCUGACAGAAGACAUGAGUGCAGUAUCCAUAUCACACAAAUCAUUUUAAUGUUUUAUAAAAGUAUUUAUUAUGAAUCACUCACAAAUGCACAUCAAAAGGAGAAUGAUCUACUUUAUCUUAUUGUUUUUGCUAGUAUUAGGUCACGUCACUUUGGGAGAGGCAACACGGUAAGGAAAAAGAGAUGCAAAUAUGUCUUCGAACUCUGCAGCACGCCAUCUUAUCGGUGAACUUAAAUUUAUUGAUUAACCUUGUUGUAAGAUGCUGCCAACCUGCAGGGAAUAAAAAAGGAAGACGGGGUUCUCAUGUCACGGACAAAUCCACUGCAGACCCAGAUCCACCUUGGAUAUGUUUUAGUAACCUCCGGCAUUGCCUGGUUCCUUCUCUCCUCGACAUCUGCUAUCUUAAAGGAUCACAGAACCUGGAGGAAAAGAAGAGGUGAUUUAGAAGACGCAAUCCCACUGUUUGCUGAUGCUACCUCAGCACCCCGGAUUAAACACAGA